AGAGCACGAUUUAUGGAAAGUGAAAUUGCGCCAGUUUAAAGAAAUUUCGUUAGCAUUUCAUUUUAAAUGCAUGCUCUAGAGAUUAAGAAAAAUAAUAAAAAAAACCGUUGCCUGCUUGUCAUCUACCAUGUCUACGCAUGUGUUAAAAGCUGUUGGAUAAAGCCACAAUGACUCUACUAUCAAUUAUCACCCUGAACUUGGAAUAAACAACAACAGUAAAGCGAAUAGGCAGAGGUAUAUAAAUGUUGGAACUGGCAAAGAGUGCAUCAUCAGUUCUGCAGCAACUGUGCAAGUGAUAUAGUGACUUACCCAAACGCAGGAAUAUAGACUCAAAAUAAAAAAAAAUGAAUAAAACAACAAUUUGGUAUGCGGUGGUACUGCUUGUGAUCUAUUUCACUUUGGUAUUCUGCGAGGAAACGCCGGAAAAUGCUGAAACUCAAAUAAUGAAUACGAACUCGGAAAUGGAUAUGGAAACAUUACUUAACACUGGCCGAGAACUUUUGGAAUUCGAAGGACGCACGCGACGUCAUCGCCAUCGAUUCUGGUAUCGUCAUCUGUGGCCCUUGGCCAUUGCCUAUUGGAUCAAAGUGAAAGUGGUCAUCGUAUCUUUCUUUGUGGGUAGCGCCAUUUACUUAGGUUUGCGCUACUUCUGGCCACAUGCCAGAUGCAAUCAGGAGGUUAUUCUAGAUCAUCCUCCCCCAUCGUUCACCCACGAUCAAAUUCCAUACUCUCUAGACCAUCAUCAUGAUCAUGAAUAUGAGCAUUAUGAAUCGCCUUCCUCGUACGACUCGAGCCCCUCCUUUGAUCCCUACUCCGGCUACUCGAGCUACUCGGGCUACUCUUCCAACUCAGAUAUUGUAUCUGACAUGCAGAGCGAUCCUCCUAUGAGCGCCGCAGUACCCACUGGACCAACUGGGCCCACUGGUCCUACUGGUAGUUCUCAUACAAUUCGACGGGGCAGGCGCAGCGUUGACAGCAUCGAUAUUGAGGACAAUGUGGAAGUUGACCAGGAGGAGCAUGUAGAGAUUAUUGAUGAAGAGAUCUCCGAGAGUGUUGCACGCCAGCAGCCCGCCGAAGAACAAAUUGCCGAGUUUAUGUUCGCAUUCUUGGGCCUGGACUCUAAGGCUUGUCGUCGUCGUUUCGUCUGUGAGAUGGAGUUCCGCUCCAAGUUGAAUCCACUGACCAGCAUGACAUUCCGUAUUGUUGGCCGUGGCUUCUUCGAGAAGUACACCAACUCACGCAAUCCACAGAGCCGAGCUACCAACUUCCUUGAGUGCGCCGCUGUGAAUCCUGAUUGCGUGUUCGUUGAGAACACAGAUCCAGAAAUUACGCCAGCUACUGAACAGGAUGAAUCCACCGAAACUAGCGCAUCAACUAAUCAGGAAAAUACGGCAGAGGCCGAAAAUGAAAUCAACUUGCAGGCUGAACGUCGUCUGACGCAGCUGAAGAAGCGUCGCGGAGAUCGCAUGCUCAGCUCCAUUGCCGAACACAUUUUGACACAGUAGAAU